UCUAAUUACUCCAUAAUUCCAACAACAAUAAACAAAAAACACCUAAAAUCCCUCAAAAGCAAAAAAAUUGAAACAAAAACGUCUCCCCUCUUUCUCUCUCCUCCAUUUCUCGCAGUUUUUGCUUUGAGGUUUCUCUCUCCUCUUUCUCUCUCUACUUUCUCUCUCUUGUACAGUCGAAGAAAAGAAACGUCGGAUGUGUAUGCAUCCUCUUCUUUCUCUCUCUGUAUUUAAGAUUAUAGAGAUAUAAUCAUACAAGUUUUUGAUUGCAAAUAUGGCAACCCUAAGAUCGAGUUUGCCGUCGAGGCUUCGGCAACUCUUUUCUAGCGAAGGAUCUUUUGGACCUUCUAUUCAACUUGAUUCUGAGACGCCUCCUAAAAUCAAAUCAUUUAUUGACAAGGUUAUUCAGAGUCCGCUACAAGACAUGGCAAUUCCACUGUCUGGUUUUCGUUGGGAGUACAACAAGGGGAAUUUUCAUCAUUGGAGGCCACUGUUUCAUCACUUUGAUACAUACUUCAAGGCCUAUAUAACUGAAAGGAAUGACCUCCUACUCUCAGAUACUAUCACAGAAGAUGAUGCUCCAUUCCCGAAGCUUGCAGUUUUGCAGAUCUUGAGGGUGAUGCAAAUCAUCCUGGAGAACUGUCACAAUAAAAGUUCGUUCGAUGGUUUAGAGCAUUUCAAGCUACUGCUAGCCUCAACAGAUCCCGAAGUUAUUGUGGCAACACUGGAGACACUUUCUGCUCUAGUGAAAAUACCUCCCUCGAAGCUGCAUGUAAGUGGGAAGAUGAUUGGGCUUGGCCCUAUUAAUAGUUGCCUGUUGUCUCUAGCGCAGGGGUGGGGAAGCAAGGAAGAGGGCUUGGGUUUGUAUUCAUGUGUCGUGGCAAACGAGAAGAGUCAGGAAGAGGGGCUGUCGUUAUUUCCAUCAGAUGUACAGGAUAAAGAUGAAAAGUCUCAGACUCGUCUUGGCUCCACCUUGUACUUUGAAUUGCAUGGAGUUAGUCCCCAGAGAAAUGGAGAGAGCAGUAGUGAUGUAAAAUCAUCUACUUCAACCAUGAUACAUAUGCCAGAUCUGCAUUUACGGAAAGAGGAUGAUCUUUUGCUUCUUAAGCAAUGCAUUGAGCAGCAUAAUGUACCUCCUGAACAGAGAUUCUCGCUGCUCACAAGAAUCAGAUACGCACAUGCCUUCCGUUCAACUAGAUCAGGCAGAUUGUACAGUAGAAUCUGCCUUCUUGCUUUUAUUGUGCUUGUGCAGUCAAAUGAUGCAAAUGAUGAGCUUGUGUCCUUUUUUGCUAAUGAACCUGAAUAUACUAAUGAGCUGAUCAAGAUAGUUCGAUCUGAGGAAACUAUUUCUGGAAUUGUGAGGACACUUGCUAUGCUUGCAUUGGGAGCUCAGUUGGCUGCAUAUUCUUCAUCUCAUGAUCGGGCCAGGAUGUUGAGUGGUUCAAGCAUUAAUUUUGCUGGCGGUAAUCGUAUGAUUCUUCUGAAUGUACUUCAGAAGGCCAUUUUGUCACUGAAGAAUUCUAGUGAUCCGUCGUCUCUUGCUUUUGUUGAAGCACUUCUGCAAUUUUAUCUGCUUCAUGUCAUAUCUACUUCAAGUUCGGGUAGCAUUAUUCGUGGAUCUGGAAUGGUUCCGACGUUUUUGCCACUUUUGGAGGAUUCUGAUCCUGCACAUAUGCACCUUGUCUGUUAUGCUGUGAAAACGCUUCAGAAGCUUAUGGAUUACAGUAAUGCAGCUGUUACUCUUUUGAAAGAUUCAGGGGGGGUUGAACUUCUAGUCCAGAGACUUCAUAUAGAGGUUCAAAGAGUUAUAGAUGCAGCAGGUUUAGAUGAUAAUUCGAUGGUUUUGAGCGAGGGUUCAAGCUCCAGCGAGGAUCAUUUAUAUGGUCAAAAGAGGCUCAUCAGGGCUCUGUUGAAGGCGCUUGGAUCUGCAACCUAUGCUCCUACUAACACGUCCGGCUCCCAGAGUUCUCCUGAUAGUACGUUGCCAUCCACUUUGGCUUCAAUAUUUGGCAAUGUUGGAAAGUUUGGAGGUGACAUAUAUUGCUCCGCUGUUACUGUUAUGAGUGAAAUUCUCCACAAAGACCCUACUUGCUUUCCUGUGUUACAUGAUAUGGGUCUUCCCGAUGCAUUUUUAUCUUCAGUUGUUGCUGGCAUAAUUCCUUCUUCAAAGGCUCUCACUUGUGUGCCGAGUGGUUUGGGUGCUAUUUGCCUUAAUACCAAAGGUUUGGAAGCAGUUAAAGAAGCUUCUGCAUUGCGCUUCCUUCUUGACAUUUUCACAUGCAAAAAAUAUGUUGUGGCUAUGAAUGAGGCUAUUGUUCCUUUGGCAAAUGGUGUGGAAGAGUUGCUGCGCCACGUGUCUUCCUUGAGAAGCACUGGGGUUGAUAUCAUUAUUGAGAUCAUCAACAAAAUUUCUUCUAUUGGAGAGGGAAGUACUUCAGGGUCAUCAGAGAAGGUCAAUGAGGGCAAUCCUAUGGAAAUGGAUUCUGGGGAGAGGGGAAGUGGAAGUGAAAGCUCUUCCAGUGUAGUCAUUCCGUCAGAUUCAGCUGGGGAGAGUAUUACAGAUGAGCAUUUCAUUAACUUGAGUGUAUUUCAUGUAAUGGUAUUGGUUCACAGGACAAUGGAGAACUCAGAAACUUGUAGGCUGUUUGUUGAGAAGUCUGGUAUAGACGCUUUACUGAAGCUUUUGCUCCGACCUAGUAUUGCCCAGUCCUCUGAGGGGAUGGCUAUUGCUUUGCACAGCACUAUGAUUUUUAAGGGGUUUACCCAGCACCACUCUGCUCCGCUAGCUCGUGCUUUCUGUUCCUAUUUGAGGGAUCAUUUGAAGAAAGCUUUGACUGGAUUUAGUCUGGUUGCAGGGUCUUUUCUGUUGGAUUCUAAGACAAAACUUGAUCAUGGGGUUUUCUCUUCAUUAUUUCUUGUUGAAUUUCUUCUAUUUCUUGCUGCUGCAAAGGAAAAUCGGUGGAUUUCUGCACUGCUUACAGAAUUUGGCGGUGAUAGCAAGGAUGUAUUGGAGGAUAUUGGGAAAGUGCAUAGGGAAAUUCUAUGGCAGAUUGCACUUUUCGAGGAUGCAAAGGUUGAAGUACAAGAAGGUGCGAGUACGGUAUCUGCAUCAGAAUCACCGCAGGUAUUGAGUUCCAGUGGAAGUGAUGAACAGAGAGUUACAUCCUUUAGGCAGUUGCUUGAUCCACUACUCAGAAGGAGGAUGUCAGGAUGGAGUGUUGAGUCGCAGUUUUUUGAUCUAAUUAAUCUCUAUAGAGAUCUUGGUCGUGCAAGUGGUAUUCAAAGAAGUAACUCUGAUGGUUCGAACCUACGGCUGGGAAGCAACCAGCAGCCACGUGAGUCAGGUGGUUCGGAUACUGAUAGUGCUCCUAGAAGGGAAGAGGACAAACAGAGGAAUUAUUAUUCAUCUUGUUGCGACAUGGUUGGAUCACUGGCGUUGCACAUAAUGCAUUUGCUUCAAGAGUUGGGAAAGUCAAUGCUAUUACCUUCUCGAAGACGUGAUGAUGCCAUUAACAUAUCACCUUCUUCUAAAGGAGUAGUAUCUACUUUCGCUUCUAUCUGCCUGGGACACAUGAAUUUUGGGGGCCAUAUGAGCUCUUCUGGAUCUGAAGUUUCAGUAUCCAGCAAGUGCCGCUAUUUUGGCAAGGUUGUGGAUUUCAUUGAUGGCAUCUUAAUGGACAGGCAUGAUUCUUGUAAUCCUGUGCUAUUAAAUUGCUUGUAUGGGCAAGGUGUCAUUCAGUCAGUUUUGACUACAUUUGAAGCUACAAGCCAGUUACUGUUUACUGUUCCCGCAUCACCUAUGGAGACGGACGAUGGAAAUGUGAAACUUGAAAAGAAGGAAGAGUCGGAGCAUUCAUGGCUCUAUGGACCUCUCGCUAGCUAUGGCAAGCUUAUGGAUCAUCUAGUGACGUCAUCGUAUAUAUUGUCUCCGUUCACGAAGCACUUACUUGUGCAGCCUGUAUCUAAUAGCAAUAUUCCAUUCCCACAAGAUGCUGAAACAUUUGUGAAGGUUCUACAGUCAAUGGUCCUAAAAGCUGUACUUCCAGUUUGGACUCACCCACAGUUUGUGGAUUGCAGCUAUGAUUUCAUCACAUCAAUUAUCUCUAUUGUUCGACAUAUUUAUUCUGGGGUUGAAUUGAAAAAUGUCAGUAGCAAUAGCAGCAGUCGUAUAACAGGUCCACCUCCAAAUGAAGCAGCUAUUUCAACCAUUGUGGAAAUGGGGUUUUCGAGGGCUAGAGCUGAAGAAGCUCUGAGGCAAGUUGGAGCCAACAGUGUUGAAUUGGCAAUGGAGUGGCUCUUCAGUCAUCAAGAGGAAGUCCAAGAAGAUGAUGAGCUAGCUCGUGCACUUGCUAUGUCUCUUGGAACUCCGGGGUCGGAGGCAAAAGAAGAUGCGGCUAGCGAAAAUAGUAGGCAGUUUGAAGAGGAGAUGGCACAACUUCCGCCAAUUGAUGAACUUUUAUUGACUUGUGUGAAACUUUUGCAAUCGAAGGAAUCUCUUGCUUUUCCAGUCCGGGACUUGCUUAUGACAAUGUGCUCUCAGAAUGAUGGUCAAUACAGACCUAAUGUUAUUUCCUUCAUUAUUGACCAGAUAAAGCGAUGUAACUCUGUUAGUGAUUGUGGAAAUAGUUCUAUGCUUUCUGCAUUAUUUCAUGUUCUUGCGCUGAUUCUUCAUGAAGAUGCUGUUUCCCGAGAAACUUGUUUAAAAAAUGGUUUGGUAGAGCUUGUCUCUGAUGUAUUGUGGCAAUGGGAUGGGGGUUCAUCAGGUGGGUCAGAUGUAAUUGUUCCAAAGUGGGUAACAGCUGCCUUUCUUGCUGUUGAUCGCUUGUUGCAAGUGGAUCAGAAGCUAAAUCCUGAAGUGGUUGAAUUGUUGAAGAGGAGCACCGAGAGCAGCCAGCAGACAUCCAUCGUUAUUGAUGAGGAUAAGCAAAACAAGUCGCAGGAAGUAUCAAAUCAUGUUGAUACAGACAAGCAGAAGAGGCUUGUUGAGGUUGCUUGUAAUUGUAUCAGGAAGCAACUUCCAUCUGAAACAAUGCAUGCUGUUCUGCAGCUAUGUGCAACACUCACCCGAAGCUAUCCGGUUGCUGUUUGUUUUCUUGAUGCCGGGGGUCUUCCAUUGCUUCUCAAUCUGCCAACAAGCAGCCUCUUCUCUGGGUUCGACAAUAUUGCUGCUACUAUUAUUCGGCAUAUCCUUGAAGAUCCUCAGACUCUUCAGCAGGCAAUGGAGUCAGAAAUUCGUCACAAUAUUGUUACUGCAACAAACAGACACUCAAGUGGAAGGCUCACUGUUCGUAAUUUUUUGGUAAAUUUGACGUCUGUGAUAUCUAGAGAUCCAGUGGUGUUCAUGCGGGCUGUUCAAUCUGUUUGUCAAGUUGAGAUGGUUGGUGAUAGGCCAUAUAUUGUCUUACUGAAAGAUCGUGAGAAGGAUAAAUCGAAGGAGAAGGAAAAGACAUCAGAGAAGGAGAAACCAGUGGGUAUUGACGCAAAAGCUGCUUCUGGUUUUCUUUCACCUACAGUGUUGGGAGGUGGACAAGGGAAGCUUCAGGAGUCCAAGAGUUUUAAGGCUCACAGGAAACCUCCUCACAGCUUUGUCAAUGUGAUUGAGCUUCUCCUGGAUACGGUUAUGAUGUUCGAACCCCCUAAGAAAGAUGAUGCCUUGCCUGGAGCUUCAGGUACACAGUCAACAGCUAACAUGGACAUUGAUGCUGCUGCAAGUAAAGGAAAAGGAAAGGCUGUUGCGAAUGAGUCUGAAGAAAAUGAAGCUCAAAACCAGGAUGUUUCUGCUUCAUUGGCCAAAAUUGUUUUUAUUCUGAAGCUUCUUACAGAGAUUCUAGUGACAUAUGCUGCUUCUGUUCAUGUCUUGUUGCGGAAAGAUGUUGAGCUUAGCAGCUCAAGGGGUUUGCUACCCCGGAUUCCUUCUGGAUGCAGCUCUGGGGGGAUGUUUCAGCAUAUUUUGCACAAAUUUGUCCCCUAUUCUAAAAAAUCUAAAAAAGAAAAGAAAGUGGAUGGUGACUGGAAACAUAAGUUGGCAUCCAGGGCUGGUCAAUUUCUGGUGGCUGCAUGUGUGCGUUCUGCUGAGGCAAGGAAGAGAAUUUUCACGGAGGUUAAUUCCGUUUUCAGUGACUUUGUUGAAUCAGCUGAAGGAUUCAUUUCACCAGGCAAUGAAAUUUUGGCUUUUAUUGAUCUUCUUAAUGAUGUCCUUUCUGCUCGAUCCCCUACUGGUUCAUAUAUCUCUUCAGAAGCUUCAGCUACUUUCGUAGAUGUUGGUCUGGUUAGAUCACUGACUCGAACACUACAAGUGUUGGACCUUGACUCGGGUGACUCAUUAAGUGUUGUUACCGUACUUAUUAAAGUAUUAGAAUUGGUAACCAAGGAGCAUAUCAAUUCUGCUGAUGCUCAUGCUGGAAAGAACGAUAAUUCUGCCAAGCCUUCUGAGAAUAAUUUGCAUGAAAGAACUGAUAAUGGUGGUGAUGGCGUGCAAGCUAUGGAAGGUGCUUCUCAAGAGAAUGAUAACUCUGCCACUGAUGUUCGUGGUGAUUCUUUUAGUAUUGGGCAUAUGUAUGGUGGUUCUGAGGCUGUAACAGAUGAUAUGGAGCACGACCAGGAUCUUGAUGGAGGCUUUGCUCCAAAUGAAGAUGAUUACAUGCAUGACACACCAGAGGAUGGAAGAGGCCUUGAGAAUGGGGUUGACAGUGUGGAAAUCAGAUUUGAAAUACAACAAGAUGGGCAAGAAAAUCUUGAUGAAGAUGAUGAUGAGGAGAUGUCUGGAGAUGAUGCAGAUGACGGAGAUGAUGAUGAUGACGAGGAUGAAGAUGAGCGUAAUGAUUUGGAAGAAGAUGAAGAUCAUCACCUUCCCCAUCCAGAUACUGAUCAGGAUGAUCAUGAGAUGGAUGAAGAUGAGUUUGAUGAGGAAGUAUUGGAGGAAGAAGAUGAGGAGGAUGAAGAUGAUGAAGAUGGACUCAUACUCCGGCUGGAGGAAGGCAUUAAUGGGAUUAAUGUACUUGAUCACAUUGAGGUAUUCGGUAGAGAUCACAGUUUUGCAAAUGAAACUCUGCAAGUGAUGCCCGUUGAACUUUUUGGCUCUAGGCGACAAGGGCGCUCUACAUCCAUAUAUAAUCUUCUUGGAAGAAGUGACAAUACUGUACCCUCUCAGCAUCCACUCUUAGUUGAGUCACAUCCCUCUUCAACUUCAGCAACUUCAAGGGCUUCAGAAAAUACAAGUGAUUUAUUAUUUCCUGAUAGAAACUUGGAAAAUGCCUCAUCUCGGCUGGACACUAUUUUCCGUUCUGCACGGAAUGGACGGCAAGGUCACAGAUUUAAUUUGUGGCUUGAUGAUAAUGAGCAAGCUGGUGGAUCAAGUUCGUCUGCCAUACCGCAAGGCUUAGAGGAUCUGCUUGUGUCACAUCUGAGGAGGCCAGACACCGAAAAGCCUUCUGAUCAGAACAGAACCAGUGCUGACUUUGGGAGAAAGAAUGAUGCUGCCCAGCUCCAAGUGUCAGAAACAAGUAUGAGAGCAGAAACUCCUGCUAUGAGUAAUGCCAAUGACGAAAGUGCAUAUCGUCCAGCACCAUCUUCUGCAACUAUGGAUGGCUCCAAUCCUGAAGAUAGAUUGGGGACUUCUCCACCUCUUCAGGGAGCUGAUGUGUCAUGUUCACAAUCUCAGUCUGUUGAAAUGCAAUUUGAGCAUAAUGAUGCAGCUGUUCGAGAUAUUGAGGCAGUGAGCCAAGAAAGUGGUGGAAGUGGGGCAACUUUGGGAGAGAGCCUCCGAAGCCUAGAUGUUGAAAUUGGGAGCGCUGAUGGUCAUGAUGAUGGCGGAGACAGGCAAGGCUCUGCAGACAGAAUGCCUUUGGGUGAUUCGCUGGGAACUAGGUCAAGGAGAAAUACUGUUUCGUUUGGGUUGACUGCUCCAGUUGUUGGCAGGGAGAAUUCACUUCACAGUGUAAGUGAAGUUGCAGAAAACUCUAGUCAGGAUGCUGAGGAAGGUGUUCCAGCUGAUGGGAACCAAAGGACUGGCGAUGGUGAUUCUGGUUCAAUUGAUCCUGCCUUCCUUGAUGCGCUUCCUGAGGAGUUGCGGGCUGAAGUUUUAUCUGCUCAGCAGGGUCAAACAACCCAGCCUCCCAAUGCUGAGCAGCAGAGCGGUGGAGAUAUUGAUCCUGAAUUUCUCGCGGCACUCCCCCCAGAUAUUCGAGCAGAAGUUCUUGCACAGCAGCAGGCACAGAGGGUUCAUCAAUCCCAGGAGCUGGAAGGGCAACCAGUUGAGAUGGAUACUGUGUCGAUAAUUGCUACCUUCCCUUCAGAACUUAGAGAAGAGGUUCUUUUAACAUCAUCUGAUGCUGUGCUGGCUAAUCUUACUCCUGCUCUUGUUGCUGAGGCAAACAUGUUACGUGAAAGAUUUGCGCAUCGCUAUCACAGCCGCACACUUUUUGGUAUGUACCCAAGAAGUCGAAGAGGUGAGUCCUCCAGGAGAGGUGAAGGAUCUGGUCUGGAUAGAGCUGUUGGAAAUAUUACUUCCCGUCGCUCAAUUGGGGGCAAGCUACUUGAAGCUGAUGGUGCUCCUUUAGUUGAUACAGAUGCUCUUAAGGGAAUGAUACGGUUGCUUCGUGUUGUUCAGCAAGUCUAUAAAGGUUCAUUUCAGAGACUUCUUCUGAACUUGUGUGCUCAUGUCGAAACAAGGACUGCAUUAAUCAAAAUUUUGAUGGAAAUGUUGAUGCUUGAUGAUCACAAGCCUAGCAAUCAGCUAAAUGAUGUUGAGCCUUCAUAUCGGCUUUAUGCAUGCCAGAGCCACGUGAUGUACUCUCGUCCUCAGUUCGUUGAUGGAGUCCCUCCUCUGGUUUCUCGACGAGUUCUUGAAACUCUAACCUACCUGGCACGCAAUCAUCCUUAUGUUGCAAAAAUUCUGCUAGAGCUGAGAUUGCCCCAGCAGUUUCAUUCUGCAUCUGAGAAUGCAGAUAAAGUGCGUGGUAAAGCGUUGAUGAUUGUUGAAAAUAAAAAUUCUGAUAUGCAUGAGGAAUAUCAUUCUGCUGCACUGUUGUUGGGUCUUUUGAAUCAACCACUUUAUUUGCGGAGUAAUGCACACUUAGAACAGCUUCUAAGCCUAUUGGAUGUAAUAGUUGACAAUGCUGGAAGCAAACCUAACUCGUCAAGUAAACCCGGAGUAUCUACUCCAGAGCAGCAGUCUGGCUCUGAGGUCCCUACAACAGAUGCUGAGAUGCAUACGACAGAUUCUGGAACUGUUUCUUCUGAAGCCAAUGCAGUAUCUAAAGUUAAUGAUUCUACGGUACCUUCAGUAGCUGUUUCAAGUGAGACAUAUGAUUCUCGGGCUGUGUUGCUUAGCCUUCCACAAGCUGAUCUUAGGCUAUUGUGCUCUUUACUUGCGACUGAGGGCCUGUCAGAUAAUGCAUACGCACUUGUUGCUGAUGUGCUGAAGAAGUUGGUGGCUUUUGCCCCAGCGCAUUGUCAUUUAUUCAUCACUGAGUUGGCUAACUCAGUCCAAAAAUUAAGCCAAUCGGCUAUGGAAGAGUUGCAUUCCUUUGGUGAGGGUGAAGGAGCACUCCUACACUCUACUUCAUCUGAUGGAGCAGCAAUACUAAGAGUAUUGCAGGCACUAAGCUCUCUUGUUUCCUCUGUCAACGAUAAGCUAGUAGAUCAGCCUAAUGUUGGUGCGAAGGAACGCAAUGUUGCCCUUUCUCAAGUUAGAGAUAUCAAUUCUGUUUUGGAACCGUUGUGGCUUGAGCUGAGCAGUUGCAUUGGCAGAAUAGAGGUUUAUUCAGAUUCUGGCCUUGAAUCCCCUUCUUCAUCUUUAGUUGUGAAACCUAAGCCUUCUACUGCAAGCCCACCUCUACCUGCUGGCAGCCAGAAUGUCCUACCCUAUAUUGAGUCAUUUUUUGUGACAUGUGAAAAAAUAUACCCUGCACAGCUUGGUACAAGUCAGGAUUUCACUGUUGCUGCAGUUCCAGAAGUUGAUGAUGCCAGUACUUCUGCUAGCAAGCAGCAGACAUCUGGUGGUCCUGUCUCAAAUGUUGAUGAGAAGCGUGUUGCUUUUGUGAAGUUCACUGAAAAGCAUCGGAAGCUGCUGAAUGCUUUUAUCCGGCAGAACCCUGGGUUGCUUGAAAAGUCCUUUUCGCUGAUGAUUAAGGUUCCUCGUUUCAUUGAUUUUGAUAACAAACGUGCGCACUUCAGAUCAAAGAUAAAGCAUCAGCAUGAUCAUCAUCACAGCCCUUUGAGGAUUUCAGUUAGAAGAGCAUACAUUCUGGAAGAUUCAUAUAACCAAUUGCGGAUGAGGUCGAACCAAGAGCUGAAGGGGAGGCUAACUGUACAUUUCCAGGGAGAAGAAGGUAUUGAUGCUGGAGGGCUAACUAGGGAAUGGUAUCAGUCAUUGUCUCGGGUCAUUUUUGAUAAAGGGGCACUGCUGUUCACUACUGUGGGCAAUGAUUCUACUUUUCAGCCAAACCCGAAUUCUGUGUACCAAACAGAGCAUCUCUCGUAUUUCAAGUUUGUUGGGCGAGUUGUCGGCAAAGCACUUUUUGAUGGGCAGCUUUUGGAUGUUCAUUUCACUCGCUCGUUCUACAAGCACAUCCUAGGUGUAAAAGUGACGUAUCAUGACAUAGAAGCCAUUGAUCCAGAUUACUACAAGAAUCUUAAAUGGAUGCUUGAGAAUGAUAUAAGCGAUUUGCUAGAUCUUACUUUCAGCAUUGAUGCUGAUGAGGAGAAGCUGAUAUUAUAUGAAAGGACACAGGUGACAGAUUAUGAGCUGAUUCCUGGUGGACGAAAUAUCAAAGUCACAGAGGAGAACAAGCAUCAAUAUGUUGAUUUAAUUGCGGAACACAGAUUGACGACUGCAAUUCGUCCUCAAAUCAAUGCUUUCUUGGAAGGUUUUAAUGAGCUGAUCGCUCGAGAGCUUAUAUCCAUAUUUAAUGACAAGGAACUUGAAUUAUUGAUAAGUGGGCUUCCAGAGAUCGAUUUGGAGGAUAUGAGGGCGAAUACAGAAUACUCUGGGUACAGUCCUGCAUCUCCAGUUAUCCAGUGGUUCUGGGAGGUGGUUCAGGCAUUUAGCAAGGAAGAUAAGGCACGUUUACUGCAGUUUGUUACCGGCACAUCAAAGGUGCCUCUUGAAGGUUUCAGUGCCCUGCAAGGCAUUUCCGGCUCACAGAAGUUCCAAAUUCACAAAGCAUAUGGUAGUCAAGAUCAUUUGCCCUCGGCGCACACAUGCUUCAACCAACUGGAUUUACCUGAGUAUCCCUCAAAAGAACAUCUGCAGGAGAGGUUAUUGCUUGCUAUCCAUGAAGCUAGUGAGGGUUUUGGGUUUGGUUAAGAAACAUAAUUAAUGGUUGAUUAGUUGGUAACUAGAGUUACUGUAGAUAAAAAUUUGUUUCUUUUAUCAUUGGGUUGUAAUUGGGAGGGCAAGUUGGAUGGAAUAUGAGGAUUUUUGAGUUGCUAAAUUGUUAAUAUAAUGUACAGUUCUAUUAAUUUGUCUACCUAUAAUUGAUACUUGGCAGUUUUUGAUCUUGCCAAUAUGCAUUUAGUCUGAGGUAAAUUUUUGUA